CUCUCUCUCACAGGGUUCCCCGCAGGAAUGGGGGGCAAGCCAGGGAUCAAAGGGAGGGUCUUUCACCCGCCCGCAGUAGCAUUGGUAUUCCCGAGGCAGAUCACGCUCAGGAUACUCGCCCCGAAAAUCGCCUCUUCUAGCCGUUCCACGCUAGCCUUCCCCUUGGAUCGCCCUCCCCCUUCCGCGCCUUCCCCCUCCCCCUCCGCGUCCCCCUCGUCCCCCUCGCCCUCCUCGUCGCUGCUGCUGUCGGAGAGCAGCGCGGGGAACUGCUGCGCCAGGCGCGCGGGGUCCGUGAUGAAGGGGAGCGGGCGCAUGGCGGAGGGGAACGCGGACGGGAACGCGGAAGGCUGGGGGAACACGGCGGAUGCGGGGAAUCCGCCAGGGGUAGGCGCGGCGGAAGACGAAGCGGAAGCGGUGGCGGUGCUGCUAGCGCUGUUGCUUGCGGCACUACUAUUACCCCCCAUGCUACUAUUAGUACCCAUGCUGCGACCAAUUGGAGCUUGCGCCAUUGCCCCCGCUGGCUCCUCCGCCAGUUCCCCCGCCUCCGCCCGCUCCCCGUCCGCGUCCGCCUGCAGUUCCGCCGCCGUCGCUAGCGCCCCCGCCCCUACCUCCCCCUCUAUUCGCGCCACGCCCGCCGCUUCCCCUCCCACGAUCUCCGCCUCCACUUCCGCGGCCUUGCGCUGCCGCAGGCCCGCUAAACGCGGGAUUGGGCCCGAGAAUUCCGGAGGACGACGCGAGUUGCGGUCGAAUCAACUGAGGCGGCUGCUGGCGCUGCGGCUGGCGCGCGCCUCGUCCGCGCGCCGCCUGGCGAGACGGCACCUCGCUCCAUUCGCCGUCGUCCAUUGUUGCCAGAGGUAA